GCCAAUUCCGAAGCUGCAAGAAACAAUCAUGCUAAUAGCUUUGAACACAGUUUUCAUGCAAUUAAACGUUAAUAAUCGAUCAAUCCUUGGGCAUGACCAGUCAGGCAUUGGAAUUCACCUGCCGUGUUGGUUCACUGUUAGAGCCGAUUCUGCAUCAAUCACACAAUGAGCCCUGUGAUAAAGACGAGGAACCAUCCUUCUUGAUAUUGCGUUUAUAUUCUCAUGAUUUUUUCUAUUUGGUUCAUAUAUUCUGUCCCCCUGCUUUCAAGUCCGAAUGCAAGAGGAGUUUUUGUUUUCUACUUCAAAUCACGAAGUUCUAUGAUUACCUUUCCAGCCUACUCAAGCACAAAUGGUAUGCAGUUGGAUGUCCGGAGAAUUUUAGUCGGUCUUGUGCCUUGGGUUUUCGGCAAAUCACGCUCACCACCUCGACAUCAACAGGCAGCUUCUUCGUCCACGCAGCAAUUUGGCGCCGGAUACAUGGUCCUUAUUGAUGUGGAUUCAUACACCUCUUCACCGCUCAUGCUUACGCUUCUCUCUACAAUAUCAAUACUGGUUCUGACGCUGUUCAUUCGGAGGGUACGCAGCGGAUAUCAUGCCUUCUUGGCCCUAGGCCCAGGAGGUACGCCCUCGACCUUUAGGGGGUACCUUCGAAUCUGUGUACUACAGAUCUUCGUGCUUAGAGAUCCUCUAGAUCCGCCCUAUCUACCUCCCGACCUUCACCCUCAUGCCGGCAUUCUACAGAAUUUGCCCAAAAGGAGUUUAUCCCGACCUAAAGUCGCGGGAAUCGCUCCCCAGCGUCAAAUAACCCAGCGAGGCACUUCGGCCAUGUACUCAGCGCUUGCAGCCGCAAUCAAAGAUAUAUCCGUCCAUAAUUCCGACCGCUUUUACACUGAUACUUCAUGCUUCGAAAAACACAGUACUGGUCUGUUUUCGGUUCCGACUCUGAGGAACCAGCCGACCUGCAACGGCGAAGUAUGUCAUUCUCACCCAAGCGACGGCAGUCUCCACCUAACACUUCACCCCCUGGACGUGAAACACAUCAUCGAUAAGGGAUGGGGAGAACGCCAUCCCCUAGCGAGAGAGAGCUGGUGGUGGAAGCUGAGAUUUGUGCCUACGGGAUUCGUAAUGAUCUACGCGCCCCAGACGAUAGAGGACUUGCAGUGUGUGAUACAGAUCGUCCAUGCCGCUGCGUGGUGGGUAACGGGUAUCGAACCGCGCUCUCAAAGCUGUACCCACAAGGUUGCCACUCUACAAGUUCAGCGAGCGACACACGGUGAUUCUCAGGCAGAAACGAAUCCGGCUAUGAAUUGACCAAAAUGUCCACACGACCUGAUACGGCCGCAUACGCCAUGGAAUCGAUGUGAACAAGGAACACGGCUUGGUAACGAUUUCAUGACCUCACGAUGAUGACCAACGAGCAAUGGCAAGCGCAUAUGCCCGGGUUCUUGAAUGAUUUUGACAUGAUUUCUUUUCUUUGAUACCAGACUCCUACAAACACACAGCACUCUACUACGUACAUAAGCAAAUAUGUCGCCCGCAAUCCCUCAAAUACCUUACCAAUUUACCAAUUAAUACAAACCUUUUAAACGAA